AUGAGUUCGCGGCCUCAGGAUGUCGGUAUCAAGGCCAUUGAGCUGUACUUCCCCAGCCAAGUAAGAUCGACAUGCAAAGCAAAGCACGGCUCUUGACACGCAAGACACUGAUAUGCGCCGGCGUAGUGUGUCGACCAGACCGAGUUGGAGAAGUUCGAUGGCGUGAGCGCGGGCAAAUACACCAUCGGCCUCGGCCAGACCAAGAUGAGCUUCUGCGACGACCGCGAGGGUAAGCACACACACGCGCUUCUUCCUUCACGCCGCUGCAAAUGCGAGACUGAUUCCCCGUGGCAGACAUCUACUCCCUCACCCUCACCACCGUUUCCUCGCUCCUCAAGAAAUACGAGAUCGACCCGAAGAGCAUCGGGAGAUUGGAGGUCGGCACAGAGACGCUCCUGGACAAGUCAAAGUCGGUCAAGACGGUGCUGAUGCAACUCUUUGCACCCUCGGGCAACACCAACAUUGAGGGUGUGGAUACUGUCAACGCUUGCUACGGCGGCACCAAUGCCCUCUUCAACACAAUCAACUGGAUGGAGUCGUCGGCGUGGGAUGGACGGAAUGCCAUUGUCGUCAUGGGUGAUAUUGCACUAUACAAGAAAGGCAACGCCAGACCGACCGGAGGUGCCGGCUGUGUCGCCAUGUUGAUCGGCCCCGACGCUCCGUUGGCCUUUGAGCCAGGUCAGCGCGGCAGCUACGUCAAGCACGCAUACGACUUCUACAAGGCCGACUUGACCAGCGAGUACCCGCUGGUUGAUGGACAAUACUCCAUCCAGUGCUACACCGAGGCCGUGGACGAGUGCUACAAGGCGUACAACGCGAGAGAAGAGCAGAUCAAGAGCAAGGCGAAUGGACAUGCCAACGGCGUACACCCCGCGCCGGAGACUCCCCUGGACAGAUUCGACUACAUGUGCUUCCACGCACCCACCUGCAAGCUCGUGUCGAAGAGCUACGCCCGACUCUUGUACAACGACUACCUUGCCAACCCGGACAACGCCAUCUUCAAGGAGGUACCGGCCGAGGUCAAGGACAUCUCCUACGAGCAAUCCAUCUCCGACAAGACCAUUGAGAAGACCUUCAUGGCUCUGGCCAAGAAGCGAUUCGCACAGCGUGUGCAGCCGUCGAUCGAGGUCCCGACGCAGUGCGGCAACAUGUACUGUGCCUCCGUCUACGGCUCGCUCGUCUCGCUCCUGAGCAACGUCUCGUCCGAAGAGCUCCAGGGCAAGCGUGUCACCAUCUUCUCCUACGGCUCCGGUCUCGCGGCGUCCAUGUUCUCGCUGAAGAUCAAGGGCAGCACCGAGCAGCUCAAGCAGAAGCUGGACCUGCACACGAGAUUAGAAGCACGCCGCGUGGUGGCCCCCGAGGUCUACGAUGAGAUGUGCGCACUCCGUGAGCGGGCGCACUUGAAGAGCAACUACAAGCCCGAGGGCAGCAUCGAAACCAUCCGACCCGGAACUUACUACCUGAGCAACGUCGACGACAUGUUCCGGAGGUCGUACGAGGUCAAGCAAUGA